CAAAUAACGCACUGGGAAACGCGCCCAACAACGUUGGCCCAACCGCAACCAACCGGCCCAACCCCCCGCGGCACCACGGCAGCCGCUGUCGGACGAUCUGCUGAUCGGGAUGGCCGCAAGGAUAGUUCUCUGCAGGAUUUGCGCUCCCUUACUCGGAAGGAACCAGCAGCUUGCUGCGCGGAGUAUCAGUACGACACCCAGCAGAAAUGCUCAGUUUUGCAACUCGGCCGAGGAGGCGAUCAAGGAAAUAAAGAGCGGUUCCAAGCUGCUCGUUGGAGGAUUUGGUCUCUGCGGGAUCCCUGAAAACUUGAUCGCUGCACUCUCAAAGACAAGUGUGAAGGACCUUGUUGUCGUCAGUAAUAAUGCUGGUGUGGAUGGCUUUGGCCUUGGGAUACUCCUCAACACGCGACAGGUAAAGCGGAUGAUCUCCUCAUAUGUUGGCGAAAAUGCGGAGUUUGAGCGACAGUAUUUAUCAGGCGAGCUUGAACUGGAAUUUGUGCCGCAGGGAACCCUAGCCGAGAGACUUCGUGCUGGUGGAGCGGGCAUACCGGCUUUCUUCACACCCACUGCCUAUGGCACACUGAUUCACAAGGGUGGAGCCCCCAUCAGAUAUGACUCUAAUGGCAAUAUUGCCCUCAAAAGCGAGCCGAGGCAGCACCAGGUAUUCAACGGCAAGAACUACAUCAUGGAACAUGCCAUCACGGGUGAUUUUGCUCUUGUUAAGGCGUGGAAAGCAGACAAGGCUGGAAACAUAGUCUUCAGGAAAACAGCAUCCAAUUUCAAUCCAGUUAUGUGCAAGGCAGCAAAAUACACAAUAGCUGAAGUGGAGGAGAUUGUUGAGACUGGUGCCUUGCCUCCUGACCAUAUCCACAUUCCAAGCAUCUAUGUGGAUGCCAUCUACAAAGGAACAAGCUUUGAGAAGAGGAUUGAGAAAAGGAAGCUGAGGGAAAAAGCUGGUGCUGGUACUAGCGGAAAAGAUGACAUGAGAAGCCGCAUUAUCCGAAGGGCAGCAUUAGAAUUCCAGGAUGGCAUGUAUGUCAACCUUGGCAUUGGGAUCCCUGUGCUUGCAAGCAACUACAUUCCCAAAGGAAUUCACGUGGUGCUCCACAGUGAAAAUGGAAUCCUUGGAGUCGGUCCAUACCCCACAGAGGAAGAAGUGGACCCUGACUUGAUUAACGCAGGCAAGGAGACGGUCACUGCACUGCCUGGAGCUUCCUACUUUGGCAGUGACGAAUCAUUCGCUAUGAUUCGAGGAGGCCACAUUGACCUUACAAUGCUUGGCGCAAUGGAGGUGUCACAAUAUGGGGACCUCGCUAACUGGAUGAUUCCGGGCAAGAUGGUGAAAGGCAUGGGAGGCGCCAUGGACUUGGUGUCUAGCAAAGCAGCUGGCACCAAAAUUGUCGUCACCAUGGAACACGUGGCAAAAGGGAACAAGCCUAAGAUAAAGAAAGAGUGCACACUGCCGCUCACCGGAGAGCGCUGUGUUGACCUCAUCAUCACUGAAAAGUGUGUGUUUGAAGUGUGCGAAAAGAAAGGCCUCACACUGGUUGAGAUUGCCGAUGGUCUUAAGGUUGAUGACAUCACCAAUAGUACAGCCUGCCCAUUUGAGGUGUCGCCAAACUUAAAGCCAAUGCAGCAAGUUGAACUCUGAAGUUUACCUGUGACCUGAACUUGACUUUCACUUUGGAGAUACUUUUGCAUGUCACAUUAUGUUGACCUUGUUGUGAACGUGGGGACUUGAGUGGCUAGGUGUGGUGAACAUUGUGCGCUCUGAUGUGCAUUAUACGCAACUAAUUUGUAAUUUGGCGACAUGUAUUUUAUAAUUUUUUGAGAGUGCUCUUGUUUCCCUCAGCUUUAUUUUUUGUGACAAUCAUGAUUUGCAAGCGAAAAAAGUUAUAAUAUUUUCGUAAUUGUGCGCCAUAUCUUAUGUUGCUUUUUUAGUCUAUUGAUGCAUUUCUAGCUGUUAUUAUUGUGAAAAAGUACAAAUGUAAGUUUUUUUAUGGUUCGUGAUGCUUGCAUUUAUACCAGUGUUAUUACCAUUGAAGCGAUGGCUUGUUAUAGUUAGGGUCCUUCGAUUUCUGGUAAAACCGGACAAUUCCCGAUAUUUGCACCCUGAAUGAAAUUGGUUAAAAUAGUGGUAAACUCUACUUCUCCUGGAAGUUUGCCCCUUUUGUACCUUCUGUAAAGGAUUAUAAUAAAUGCAGGUGUUACAAAACUAGCGAAUGCUGCCCACCUUUUGUGACUAAGUCGUCAAGAUAUAUCAUACUAUUAAUAAUAUUAAUACUACAGUGUAAUCUCAAUGAUACGAAAAUAUCACGCAAAAUAUUCGCAUUAGCCGAAAUUUGUAUCAUCGAAACGCAAUUAAAACUAGCCAAAUUAAGGGGGGGACGUGGGGAUCAGAUCGCGAAAAUCGCAAGAAAAAUCUAUUUUUGAAAACCACGCGUUUCGGUAAUCUACGCUGUAUCAAAAUUGUUUGGCUGAAAACGCACUAAGAGUGCCCGAAAAAAGAUUAAUUCGUCAGUGCGCGGGGUGAGAAAACAGCUUUAAAUCGUGCAAAAUCCCCGUAGUUCACGGAGACAUAUCUCGUAUUUCCCGCCACUGAGCGCCGCUGGUAUCGUUCGAAAAACUCAAAGUUUUGCCGUUCCGCCGUUCCGCUUCUCAAUUCGUCCGUAGUCGCCAUCUUGUAACAAACACAAAAGAAGCGCGGGUCUGCGAUAGGUAGUCACAUGGGCCCUCCGAUGAAAGCGGGCCUCCGAUUGGCUGCCGUGCUGAAAGGCAUCUCUCCAUUGGUUGCUGCUGUGACAGGCGCAAGAUGGCAACUGCAAUGGUCUGCUUCGUAAACUGCGCCGGUGUCUUCACUUGACAUGCAGAGUUCGGAUUACUGAGAGCUCCCAGGUUAGUGAUGGAUCGUCGCUCGUUGGAGAAGAAAUUUUUGACGAAGCACGCCUUCGGAAUACGGAAGCGCAAGCCUCCGGCAAGAAAAAUAUGGCGAUUAGCGGGAGAAGCGGAGCAGCACCUGACUGAACGUGCUGCGCUACCUUGCACCGUGGAUUAUGUGCCGCACUAUCUUGCACCAUGUGAUUACGGCAGCGAAACAGACAAUCGCCCUGUGCCAUCGGCACUGAUAACGCAGUCGACGGAAGGCGCGCCAACGGAGGCUCCCGUGCCUCGGCGUACGGUCGCGCGAAUCAGCCGAGAUCGUAUCUCGGUAGACAUAGCUCGCUGCGACUAGGCAAAAUGGCGCAAACACAAAGAACGCGGCCCAAAGCACAGCAGCCACUGGAAAAGGAGGAAAAGCACAAAAGCAACAAAAGCGUCACCGCUUUGAACUCUUCGCGCCCAGUCGCGGCCUCUGUGCUGUCCGGCGCCGCGUCCGCGCCUCCACACCAAAAGAGAAAGGGAGAAAGCACGUGACUGCGUGCUGUUCUCUUUCGCGGCUGUCGGUGGGGUGGAGUUUAUUCGUAUCAACCGACACGGGUCGAAAAUCGAUUCGUAACAACCGUUCUUUAGCACGUUGCAAAGUAAUGGGGCUCUGCCGGGACCACAGAAAAAUUCAUAUCAUCCGGAAAUUCGUAUUAGCCGUGAUCGUAUCAUAGAGAUUCCACUGUAUAUAAAUAUGAUAUUAUGUCUCAUUUUCACUUGACACUCAAGCAUAUAUAUAAGGAUAUAGUAUAUUCAGCACUUGCUGGCCCUGAUAAAUAGAUGCAUUUACACAAAUACAGCAAUAGCAUAUUCUGUUGCACAUUCCGCACGUUACACACAUAUGCGACAAUAAUGUGUUAGGAAGCCAACUAAUGCAGUGCUGACUUUUCUCUGCAUUGGGAAUGAUUGCUUUGACGUUGAGGGGAUGUUUAUCCAACUAGGCUACGUUCAAGGAAGGGUGGCUGAUUCGUUUAGUUUGUAUUAGAUUAAUUUUGCUGCAAGAGCGUACCGUAUUUUUGCGCGUAUAACCUGCACCACAAAUUUUUGAAAUUUAACAUAGAGUCGUAGUGCAGGUUAUAUGUGAAUUUCACCUCUAGGCAAGGUUCUCCACCAUGCAAAGUUUCGUUAUCUCCUAGGGAACUCCAACCCUCUCCCCACCCCUGCAUGGGAAGAGGGGCGAAGAAUUUGCCACGGGCCGAAGAUAGGACUUGGAUGAGUCGUGAUUCCAUGAAUGGAGACUGUUUUUGCAAAGAUUUGAGCGCUGUUGUAUGCAGUUAUUUCAAUGGGUUAUACGCAUCAUUUUUUGUUUAUUUCUGGGUUGUUGUAAUUAGGGGUGCAGGUUAUACGCGGUGGUGGGUUAUACACAAAAAUAUACUGUAUAUUGGGAACCAUUAAAAUAGGACUGAAGCAUAUGAUGACAAUGUCCAACAGGCUUAUGACCGACACAACGAUGCUCCCAGUUUAUGUACAUCAACAACGGCGUGUAAGAUAGGGAAAAGCAUCACACCUCUUGUGAAAUGUGUCCAUGUGCACUACUACUUGUACUUUUUUUACUGCGUUACAAAAGUGCCGAGAAUAAAGUUUAGAACAGAUCACCAAACCCUUCUCUGUUUGUUGCUUUUGUUGAUAUGGUUACUUUAAAUGUAUCAAUAAUGCCUGACAACAAGGAUUCCUAAAGAUGAGUUCGUUCCUGUGGUUGCUUGUCUAAAUCGAACCUUGUAGAACAUUGGAGACCAUUGCUUGUGUUAAUCGCUUGCAAAAGUUACCAAAAAUAUCCCAAACGUAGGGCUUCUAGAUGACAAAACCCUCAAUUUCUCCCUCGUUUCUCUCUUUAAACAUAACACCUAACUUUCACCCUUCGAAAUUCAAAUAUAAAAACUGAAAGCGAAGGACCCUAGUUAAGAUAGCCUUCUACUGCGUGAUACUUAUGCUGAUCUGAUAAUGUUGAAAAAUAAUUAAAUUAUGCUCUCUAGUCCCUCGCUUCUCAUUGUGUUUUGUUUUCUCAUUAUAGUUUGUGCCAAAAGAUACAUUAACAAAAUGUGUUGCCAACAAUUUGUUUCUGAUGUGUAGCCAAUAAGUUCGCUGCAUUUUAUGCCAUUGAGUGAAGUAUACAGUACAGCAUGUGCUGUAAAGAAAAAAAAUUUCGUUCAUAAAAUGGGUUUUUACACAGUUCAUUUGGUUUUGUGGCAGCACCAAAUGUUUGUGAACUGUCACUGCUUGGAUUGUGCAAACUGAAUGACAUUCUUGGGCUUCCAUGUUAAUAAACCCUUGCCCUAAUAAAGUGAAAAUUAUGUUU